AUGGGUUUAAUUGAACGUGCCACAGUGCAUGCAUCUUAUUAUCGCUAUAACCCUUCCUUGGCACCAGCAAUAGUUGCCGCCGUACUAUAUACUAUUGCGUUCAUUUUGACGCUUGUGCAAUGGGUUCGAUAUAGGGCUUGGAUUUGGGGCAUCAUGGUGGUAUCAGCAGCCAUGGAAGCAGCUGGCUGGAUCAGUCGAUGCCUUUCAGUCGAGAAAGUAACAGACAAGUCGACCUAUUCUGUACAGUUCGGUCUUGUCAUCCUUGCACCCGUUCUCAUGGCGGCUUGUUGCUACAUCAUCUUCAGCCGCAUCUUGUUUUUGAUUGUUCCCCGACAAUCACGAACUUUCAAACUAUGCUGGGUGCCGCCCCGGUUUAUUACACCUAUCUUUGUCGGGUUUGAUGUCGUCGCUUUGUUGCUCCAAAUGGGCGGUGCGAUUAUGAUCACUUCGGUCGAUGACACAGAUAAAGAUGCUAGAGACAAGCUCAACACUGGCAAACACGUUGCCCAGAUUGGUGUCAUUGUUCAGCUGGUGGCUUUCGGUUUAUUCGCUGUUGCUGCUAUUCGCUUCAACUUUACCUCUCAGCGCUUUACCAACUCUGUCAGUGAGCGUUAUGAGAGCUUUGGAGAGAAGGAGCAUAUCAUUGGCGGUGUUGCCAAAAACAAGCACUGGCCUACCCUGUUACGAGUGGUAAAUAUCACUACUAUCCUGAUCCUUGUUCGGUCCGUUUAUCGACUUGUUGAGUUCACACAAGGCACGACGGGAUAUUUGAACACGAAUGAAUGGCCCCUGUAUGUCUUUGAUGCCCUUUGCAUUUAUCCGUGUGUCGCACUUUUCGUCUACUGGCAUCCAUCGCGUUAUUUGCCGUAUAUGGGAUUCCGACUGCCAAAGGAGGCACGCUAG